UCAGCAAGAACAGGGACAGCACACGCGCCUGCCCACCAACUGGCGUGCUCAGCGGCCUGCGUACCACAAGAGUUCGGACUACUAACAGUGAGAAUUUUGCGACUCUCGGUUCACAGCAACUGAGCCAGCUGGAGGAACCUCGGCCCCAAGCCCAGCUCCCACUUUGCUCCGAGCCCGAGGCUGCGCGGGCGUUAGACUACAACUCCCGGGAGGCCUCGCGCGCCAGCGGCUGCUGAUUGGCUGUGUGGCGGGUGGCGUGGCCCGGCCGGCACAGAGUCCGCCUGUGCCCGGCGGCCGAUGGCUGCGCUCCGCUGGGCGGCGGCGCUCCGCUGGGCUCCUGGGCCGGCGGCGCGCGCGGCGGCAGGGCUCCUGGGUCGCUGCUCCGGGAGAUCCUACUCCGCGGGCUGCGCUGAGAGCUCGCCUACCUUUGGGUUCCUGCUGGACAUCGAUGGUGUGCUAGUGCGGGGCCACAGAGUGAUCCCGGCUGCUCUGGAAGCGUUUCACAGGCUGGUGAACCCUCAGGGCCAGUUACGGGUGCCUGUGGUUUUUGUCACAAAUGCUGGGAACAUCCUGCAGCACAGAAAAGCCCAGGAGCUGUCAGCCCUGCUGGAGUGCAAGGUGGAGCCAGACCAGGUCAUUCUCUCUCACAGCCCCAUGAAGCUCUUCUCACAGUACCAUGACAAGCGGAUGCUGGUGUCUGGGCAGGGACCCGUGGUGGAGAAUGCCCGAGCCCUGGGCUUCCGGAACGUGGUUACUGUGGAUGAGCUGCGAACGGCCUUCCCUGUGCUGGACAUGGUGGAUCUGGAGCGGCGACCGACUGCCACGUCCGUUCUGAGGAGCGACUUCCCAGCCAUUGAAGGGGUGCUCCUUCUUGGUGAGCCAGUGCGCUGGGAGACCAGCCUGCAGCUGAUCACGGACGUGCUCCUCAGCAAUGGGAACCCUGGCAAUGGCUUGGUGACAGCGCCCUAUCCCCACCUCCCUGUCCUGGCCAGCAACAUGGAUCUUCUUUGGAUGGCUGAGGCCAAGAUGCCCAGGUUUGGCCAUGGCACCUUUCUGCUGUGCUUGGAAGCCAUCUAUCAGAAGCUGACUGGGAAGGAGCUGCAGUAUGAGGCCCUGAUGGGCAAGCCCAGCCUCCUCACCUACCAGUAUGCAGAGGCACUGAUCAGGCAGCAGGCGGAGAGGCGGGGCUGGACCGCACCCAUCCAGAGGCUGUACGCAGUGGGUGAUAACCCUAUGUCUGACGUCUGUGGAGCCAACCUGUUCCACCAGUACCUACAGAUGGCUGAGCGCGGUGUGCGGGCAGAGCAGCAGGGCGCUGGUGGCUCGCAGGAGCAGCUGCGCUCAACCACACGGAGCUGCACCUCCAUCCUGGUGUGCACAGGCGUGUACCGGCCCGGGGAGCCUGGCUCCAAAGAGCCACCCUUCCACGGGCACCGGGAUUUCAGCUUUAGUCCAGGGCUCCUGCAGGCGUCCCACGUGGUGGAGGAUGUGCAGGAAGCCAUGCGGCUGGCUUUCCAUGAGGAGGGCUGGCCAUGGUAGCACGGGUGAGCUGGAGCCAGGGCAGUGGGGACUUGUGUGUUGGUGUCUGGCUCAGGCCGGGUCCCCUCACCCCAAGCUGGGACGUCAUGGGUCAAGAAGACAUUGGCAGUUUUUCUGAUGAACACUGGCCACAGAAAUGUACCCGGCGCCACAUUUCUGUGGAACUGUUGUGAUUUCCAGUCUGAUUCCUGUGUGCCUCUCCUGGAAAUCUGACCUCAGGCCAGCCCCUUUACCUCUGUGCCUCAGUUUCUCCUGCUUUCGGCAGCAACUCCUGCAGAAAGGGAGGCAGUGUGGGAUGGUGCAGAAGUCCCCACACAGCUGCAAGUAUGUCGCUUAGUUUCACAAGCUGGUUUUCACUAUUUUAGGUUAUUGCCCAGAAAUUUUGGGCUUAUUUUUUAAAAUUAAAAUUAUCCUAAUAAAUAUUCAUUGUGCUGUC